AAAAUAAUCUCAUUUCGAGUUCAUUCGCCGCCGUCGAGGGUGAACUUACUUAUGGUCUCGGCUUGGCUGGAAGCGUUCGGUCGUAUGAAGCCCCUGCCGAAGAACCUCCACCUGAACGACCACACGGCGUCACUCAAGCGGUGUCUCUCCCUCUUCGAUCUGAUCUGCUACGGAGUCGGAUGCUCCGUUGGUGCUGGCGUGUACUCGCUUAUCGGCAUCGGCGCAAGCAUCACGGGCCCGUCGAUCUCGAUCUCGUUCUUGGUUAGCGGUAUCGCGUGCAUCUUCACGUCACUCACGUAUUCGGAGUUUGCCGCGCGAGUGCCGAUCACUGGGUCUGCAUAUUCGUUUGUCUACGUCACGUUUGGGGAAUUGGCUGCAUGGUUGAUCGGGUGGAACCUCAUGCUUGGAUACGGCAUCUCCGCUGGUACUCCAUAUCCCUGCGUCCACGUCGUCACCUUAUGGCGUAGCUGGCAUCGCACGGAGUUGGGCGUCGUACGUCGUCAUCUUCAUGCGGCAAUGGAACAUCCAAAUCCCCCACGAAUGGAUCACCGUCGACGUGUGGGGCAUGAGCUGCAGCGCCAUGGCCGCCGCCUUGAUUGUCGUGUUAAGCGUGAUUUUGCUCGCCGGGGUGCACGAGUCUGCGAAAUUCAAUAUGGUCGUUACGGGGUUGAACGUGGCCGUCCUGGUGUUGGUCAUUGCCGUGGGGAGCACCCAAGUGGACGUGGCCAACUGGGAGCCGUUCGCGCCAGAGGGCGUGCAUGGCGUGAUGCAAGGCGCGGGCGUCAUCUUCUUCGCGUAUCUUGGCUUCGACAUGGUGGCCUGCUUGGCCGAGGAAGUGCCCGACCCCCAGACGAACGUACCGCGCGGAAUCAUCGGGUCGCUCCUCAUCUCCAUGUCCAUCUACAUUGGCGUGUCCCUGGUUGUCACAGGCAUGGCGCCCGUGGCCGUGCUGGGCACAGACGUGCCCAUCGUGAACGCGUUUGACUAUCAACACCUCCCUUGGGUCUCCCACGUCGUGUCGUUCGGGUCCAUGUUUGGCCUCACGACCGCCGCAUUUACGUGUCUCAUGGGCCAACCGCGCAUCUUUUACCAAAUGUCCAAAGACGGCUUGUUGCCCGAGUGCCUCUCGGCAGUACAUGCCUCCACUCAAGUGCCAUAUUGGAGCACGGUUCUGACUGGCGUCGGAGUGGCGGCUUUUGCUUACUUUUUCGACCUGAAUGUCCUCGCCAACGUCAUCUCAUGCGGCACUCUCAUGGUGUUUACGUUUGUGAACGCCGGUCUGCUGGUCUUGCGAUUCGACACGACUACUAGUACUAGUACUACUAGCCAUCUCCACAUGCUGUCGACAGCGGCGUUCCCGGUCCGUCUGCUGUCGUUUGUCGUGUCUUCGUUGGCCACAUGCCUCGCCAUCAACGUCGACGUCCCGACCUCCGUCCAACUGGCCCUUGGCUCCACGGUGCUGCUCACGUACUGGUGGAUUCACAACGGCACCCUCCAUCCGGUGUGCUCCACGACCGUGUUUGUGUGUCCGUGGGUGCCCGCGGUGCCCUGCCUGGGCAUCUUCUCCAACACGUACAUGAUGACCAGUCUGCCGCUGCUUGCAUGGACGGGGGUGGCCAUGUGGAUGGGCGUGGGCAUUUUCCUAUAUGGAUGCUACGGCGUCCACCACAGCAAACUUGGAGACAAUGAGGAAGAAUCCCAGCCCUUGAUCUAGGUGACUUGUCCCAUUCCCAAGUUACGACGCUAGUUAGUACAUGGAAGAAUCAAUACUUACUAGUAUGUACUAGUAGUAGCUGCUACAAACGAGCGUAAAUAAGUGCACGACCAAACAUGACGUUUAUAUAUAUAAAAGCCGCCGCCGUUUUCACGCAGGCAUUGGCCUCAUCGGUCAGUCGACCCGCGGGGAAAAAUCCCGAUACACGACCACGUCGGGGAGAAAUUCCUUCUUCUUUUCCCUCAGCUCUGCGACCCAUUUUUCAUGCGCUUCCUGGCGCUCGAGUCGCAAAUGCUCUUGGAUUUGAGCCAGCCGGAUGCGCUCUUCCCGAAUGAACGCCGAUUCGAUCGGUCGGUCUUCGGGGGCCACGUACACUGGUUCGGAUGGCUCCUGCUGGGAAAUAUCCUGCAGCUCCUCGACUUGGGGCUCGUCGCUGCUCUUGGACGGAGACGACGGUGGCGACGUAUAAAUAUACUUGGACGACGUGAUCGAAGACCCGUACAGGUCGUCCUUGGACGGCGAACCGCUCGUUGACGACAUAAUAAUGUCAUUCUCGUUGUUGCCUCCCUCCAGUGAGCUGCGACGUAUGGCUGUCACAGUGUCCGCUUGGGAUCGGCGUUGCGUCGAGGUGGUGGUCGAGCGCAACUGAUUGAACGACGACGCGGGCAGUUGAGGACUCGAUACCUCGAUGGUCGACAGCCCCUUGACCACGGCCGGCUUGACCACAUCACCGUCAUCGAUCUCUGGGCACCGCUUGGAGCAGCACUGUCCCAUGGCCGGUCAAAUCGGAUCUGAAGUUGCUUCGACGGAUUCGCCAGACGAAGCGAC